AUGGGCCCCUUUCAAAAGUUCCAAUUCCUUGUGUUAUGGAUCUCGAGUCUGCUCUAUGGCGCUGUCUGCCUCCUCCUGUCGCGCACCCGCGAGCGUUGCGCCAGAGUCUUCCUCCUGACCGCCAUCAUUCUGCUGUGGGUCGCCAUAACCGGCCAGACGAUCAUCUUCCUCCUGGACGACUUCCUCGCGUUCGAGAUCCAGGCGGCGGGGACAUCGGAGACAGAAGAAGGGCUGCGGGUGACGAAUAUCGCCAAUAUUCUUACCAUUGUCGGGGACGCGUUCAGCGUUACUAGCUUCGUUGUCGCAGAUAGCAUACUUCUCUGGCGUUGUUUCCUCCUCUACAAUCGAAGCUGGAGGGUUGUCCUGUUCCCGGGGGCUAUGCUGCUUGCCGUCUUUGGCUCCGGAGUGACCAUCAUGGGUAUCGACAUCAAGCUGUAUCUCAUUAGGGCCGCUGCGAGUGCCGACGUGACAGGCCCGCCAGCGAUAUGGAUGCGGUUGUCCGACGUACAGACGUAUCUCAAUAUCGUCUACUACGCCGCAUCCGUGUCCACCAAUCUGUAUGCAACGGGAUUCAUUGCGUUCCGUAUAUGGCGCGUCACUCGGGAGGUCAGAGAUAUCGUUGGGAAUAGUCAUGGCAAGAGAUUCAUAAGCGCAGCGCUUUUAAUAGCGGAAUCAGGCUUCAUCUACUCAGCAGCACUCCUGCUCGCAAUCAUUGUACAACCUAUGUUCAAUUCAUUACCAAAUCUCACGCGCAUCGUGGGCGUUGUCGUCUUCUAUGCCUCGGGAAUCGUACCUACAUUGCUCGUCGCGCUCAUCGGCAUCCGCAAAACUAUCGCGCCCACAAAGCCCUCGGUACCGACCCUUCUGACCAUUCCUGCGACACUCAUGAAGGAACACGAGGAGGACCCCACCGCGCUACCCGCGGAAAUCCGAGGCACUUGGACGCCCGAGGAGAACGAUUCGGCGAGCAGUUGGCUCAGACGCGACGGCUCGAAUACGGCGCUCCAGGAGUCUUUGGCGGUGUACGUGAGUGCGAGCAGGAAACUCGAUCCUGUACGGGUUAAUUUCCAUGGAGGGCCCCAGCGCCGAUGGUCCGCGCAUUACUAGACCAGAGGAGCGGGAAGAUGCUUUCUUCUGGGCUGGACGCACGCGCUCCUCUCAAUACAUUGUAUUUUAUUCAUUCGGUAUGGAAUGCGAAGUGAAAAGGCUUUGUCAAAGUCGCUCGCGUUACGGGUGUAGUGCAUUUCGGUUGGCGUGUUCCAAUUCAAUCACCGUUACUGC